CUCCCAUCCUCAAAGCAUCCUCCAUUAAUUGCUGCCCUCUGCCAGUGUGUCUUCUAUGGCACUCCUCUGGUCGCUUUUGAUGCAUCUGCCUCCGGUUGACCCCCCGCGGACUACCAGCACUAUCCCCUUUCGUCCCCGUAAAAGUUGCCCCAGGGCCUUGUCGUCGGAUGCUCUGGCUUCGCACCUCCUACCACACCCCGGUCCGUACAUAUCAUACUGCCCCAUCAGCAGGCCUCCCCAGCCAGCCUGGUAGCCUCGAUUCAGGGCUAAACGUUGGCUAAAGUACUGGCGAGAACGCCCGGACGGAAAUUGGGCAACGUUCAGUGGGACUGCCAUUCUGCUAGACUGCGAAUCGCAAUCUCUGAACACCACGGGCGAGCCGGACUGGCUAGCACCAUCUGAGCAACUGAGGGAGACGGCAGCGCUGUACAAUGUAGAGCUGUGGCUCAAACCCCCAAAGCUCGGCUCCACAGUCAUCAAUGUCAGCCAUCUUUCCCAUCUACCCGUCAAUCGCCCGGUUGUCAAUCUUGACCUCUGCCCACGCUACCUGCUCUAGCCCGCGAUGGCCUCGAUGUUGCUCUGUUGCUGCCAGAGGAAUCUCUCUGCAAUUCUUCAUACUUAACCGGAGUCGAUCUCGAUUUUUUGAAAAGGCAUACAAGCAGACGAGAACCUCCAAUAAUUAUGAUGGACAGGGGUCAGUGCUAAAACAAAGAGCCUGACUUUAUCUAUACGCUCUUCGCCAUGAGCGAGUGUCAGAGCGCGACGGGUUCCAACUGAGCUCGAGAGCCAAACCGGUUUGGGUCAAGGACAAGCGGCAGGCCUUUGCAUGGAUAUCUUCUUCAUGCCAAACACAUGGUGGCGUCAACGCCUCCCGCUUCUGAAUCAGAUUGCCAUCAUUAUCCACCUUGGCGUGGUUCCGACCGCGGUAUUCAGUGUGCUGCCCCCAAUAAUGAAAAGCCAAACGCCAUAGAGCAUAGAAUUUAUCGAGAUGUCCUUCAGUCACGCCCUGAGCAGCAAUCUGGUUGUACUGUGCCGUGGAAAUACCACCAGGUAAAUCGUGGGGUCGUGGAUGCGAAGGGUGUAUUUGGACGCUGGAACCCUACAAUCCCAUUACCUAUUCCCCUGAACGUUUUACUUUCACAUGGAAAUCCGUCGGUUUAACGAACCAGUUGUUGUCAGUGGCCCAGUGCCGUUCAGGAUGCUCGAGCUCGAAGUCGAAUCGCCUGACGAUUUGGGGGAUCAACUUCGACAUCUCCAGAAAACUGAUAUGACGGCCGAGACAUGUUCUCGAUCCCAGUCCAAACUGCUACAAGUCAACACCGACGUUCCUCCAUUGUAGUCCGCAUCGUCACGUUACUCACCGGCAUGUAAUAACUUUCCAUGCUCUUCAGCCGUUCGCCACCCUCUUUCUCGGCUUCGAUCCAUCUCUCAGGUCGGAACUCGCCGGCGUCUGGCCCAAAGACAUUUUCAUUGUAAUGAGCACACCAGGUAUUGAUACCCACAAUAGUGCCCUCUGGGAAAUACCGACCGCAGAGUUCGACACCUCCUUCGGGUACAACUCGCCACAUAGGCAGGCCAGUGGCUGGAUGCAUCCGAAGUGCCUCCUUCAUGACAGCCUGCAGAUACGGCAUCUCUUGACUCUCCUUGAACGCCACGUUUUGGCUACCACAGCGGCCUUGGGCUUCAAAGUCCUCAAUCUCCUGUCGAAGCUUGAGCAUUUUGUCUGGGUGCCUCAAAAGGUUGUACAAAAUGGACGAAAGGCUGACGGCGGUUGUAUCAGAUCCUGCAAUGAUGUUCGACAACCCCAUCAUAAAGACAUGAUAUGGCGUGACCCUCUCUGGAUCGUUCUGGUUAGCCACCAUGAGCUUCUCCAAGAAGUCCAUGGGCGCAUUUUCGUCCCUUUCGCCCAGUUUUUCUACAUCUUUUCCAGCCUUGGCUUCUUCUUUUCUUUGUCGAAUGCGCUCCUCCACGAAUUGCAUGAGGUAUGUGCGACCAGCUGCUCCGCCAAACCCGAGACGGCUUGAGACAUUGUACACAAUCGGAUGCCAAGAUGCGUAUAUGCCCACCAGGGCACCGUAUUUCAACACUCCAUUCAAUGCCUUCAGCAGUCCAGCAAUAUCCUCGCCCUUGUCCAGAAAGCCAAAUCUUUGAGAGUAAGUAAUAUCACCAAUCACAUCAAAAGCAUAACACUGCAGCCAAUGCGCCAUGUCGAUGGUUUCGCGACGUUCCGCAAAUUCGGACAGUCUUCUGCAGAAGAUUUCGGCACAUUCAUCAACAUACCCCUCAUAAUUGACCAAGCUCGACAUGGAGUACAUUGCCUGAAAUCGUUUCCUGGUUUCGGCAUGUCUCUUCAUAUCUCUGUCCGGGAACAGCGUCCAGCGGUUGGGAUCAGGAUGUCUCCAUGCAUCGUACCAAUCUGACUUUGGGGACUUGGAGCCAAUACCAUAGACCUUUUUGACGACCUCCGGGGAAUCGAUGCUGUACAUAUCAGAUGCCACACGGACGACGGGACCAUAUUUGCGGUGCAAGGCCAGGUCGUCAUGUUCCCAGCGGCCACGACUAACUCUCCAGAAAUAGUAUAUCCUGCCAAAGCGGGCAAGGAAUGGACCAGGAACGGAGCGAAGCGGGGAACUCAGAGAGCGAUAUAGAAACAGCACGAUUCUGGUGAGGCACAGGACGCCAAUGAGCCAUAUGCUGUAUCGAAGUAGUACUGAAGCCGUGUGAGGGUCAUCCACGAAAGUGGGCUCCAGGGGCAAAGUUCCAGCAGUCAUGUCCUCGUACAUUUGUGGAUUCUUGCCAGUGAGCUGGACACUUGGAAUCGUGGAUGAGCGGAUCUCCUCAAAGAUGAAACGGCGGAACUAGGGAAAAAGAUUCGAGCAGCAUGGCAGCAACUUGAAUCCCGCGAUGUUUAUAUGACCAUGAUUGGCGACAGUUUGUAGGAUUGUGGGAGAAAUAUCAUUGUGUGCAGUGCCGACAAGCUUUCAGCCUUGCCUCGGGUUUCAGGCUCGGGAAUCGGCUUCGGUAUUUGGGGUUCCACGAUUAGACAGGCCAAUGGCCAUUCAAGAGAAUGAAUGGUACUUGUGAUCUGCUGGUGGUCGAUCGACACUCUGGUUUUGGACCAGCAGCCAAUUCUUUCAGAUCAAACUGUGCUCGAGACAUCUCGAAUCGACAAUAUCGUUAGUAGUGCAAUUUGUUGGUACUGUACCGACGGAGGGAGGUACAAGGAGGCAAGAUACCUACGUUGUACAUACCACCGUGCUGCUGCGUGUUCGCGUAGUAGCUGGAGGUAGCCGGCCCGGAGACACGCCGGUGAGCAUACAACUAACUACUAGUAUUAGUAGUAGUACUGCAGUGGUGCAAGGCGGGGUACGCUGACCACGGCACCUAGACAAGCACGCCGACACAUGCAGUGAUGACAGUUGCAGGCCCGAAACCCUUUGUGGACAUCAAACUAUCUUGCAAACCAAUUUUACAGGUGUCUGUCAUACAUUAUGCCUCAACCGACCACGUCCCAUACCUCAAAAGCAAAGGCCCGGUAUGAGGACACUGCUAGUAGUACUAGUGGUGAUGGUGGCUGCUACGUAGUCUGAGGUACCCAACAAAGUCCGGGCCGGGCCGGUUUGGACCCUGACCGGAGGGGAUGUUGACGCCGGUUGGGACGGUAUACAUUUACUGACCUCCGGCCAUGGAAAAGGCCGGACACUGGUAGGCGAGAAUUCUAUUGUAUUACGAUGCACUAGAACUGGGAAGAAAAUUGCUGAGAAGCCAAGAGGAGCCGGGCUUCCGUCUUAUCUGUGGACUUUAGGGCCAUUACUUGACACAGAGGUUCAUGAUCGUGGCAUGUCCAUCAUUCAACCUCUGCUACUACCACUUUGGGGCCCGGGCUCUCGUUCAACGCAAGGUCUGAUGCGGGUGAGCAGUUCUUCUUCUUUUCGCCAUCUUCCAUCUCUUUCCGCAGCACCAGCCCGAUCGGCCGGUGGUUUGCGCGGCGCUAUAUCUACGUACAAACUAAACACGGCCCUGGAGCCGUCCCGGCGCUUACCUGCAAUAUUUCGAGCAGUGAUCGCCUCGUCUUCUGCUUUUUCCACGGGCCGGCUUUAUACUACAAUCCCUCACACGGUCGCGAGAAGACGGCCGCAGACUACACUGUUGAAGCAACAUUACUCCGGACUCGGACUUGUUCACGCGCGCAAAGCGACCAUGGCUGGCGGCUUGAUACAGAAACCGCUGGCCGAGCCACAGACCAAGUUCACCAACAAGACGGUGCUGGUGACGGGCGCCAAUUCCGGGCUUGGGUUCGAGGCCGCCACCAAGUUCACAGCACUCGACGCCAAACGAGUCAUUCUCGCUGUCCGUGAUGUCUCCAAGGGAGAACAGGCCAAAGCGACCAUUGAAUCCCGAACGGGGAAGAAGGACGUGUUGGAAGUCUGGCAGCUCGACAUGAACUCGUACCCGAGCAUUCGGGAUUUUGCGAAUCGGAUCUCAUCUGACCCCGACGGGCUUGACAUCGCUGUCCUCAAUGCGGGCGUGUUUAUGGUCGGCUAUGAGAAAUCCACAUAUGGAUGGGAGGAAACGCUCCAAGUCAACGUGCUUUCCACGGCAUUGUUGGCUCUGUACCUUCUCCCCAAAUUGCGCGACACUGCUCGGAAGUCCCGGUCCCAGUCGGGCUCAUUUUCCCUGUUGGAAUUCGUCUCGUCCAGACGACACGAGAAGGUCGCUUUAUCGGAGGAAGCUCUGGAGAAGCCGGACCAUGGCCUUCUGGAUCAGUUCAACCAAGCUACAAACUACAAUUCGAGCAAGCAAUACCAGACCUCGAAGUUCCUGCUCAUGUGCGUCAUGCGCAAGCUGGCUUCACUGGUCAAAGACUCAGGCUCGGACGUUGUCGUCACGGCCGUCUGCCCCGGUUUCUGCCAGUCUAAUCUCAGUCGAGGCCAUCAGGGAAUCCUGGCGGAUCUUCUUCGAGCAGUAUUGAACGCGCUCGUUCUACGAACUUCCGAAGAAGGGUCUAGAGCACUUGUGUCAGGAGCUGCUGUUGGGCCCGAGGCUCAUGGUCGGUUUUGGUAUGAUGACGAUCUUCACGAUUUGAUACACCCGCUGCUCUCGGCGGAGAAGGGCGAGCCGGCUGUGGAUAAGGUGUGGGAUGAAAUCGUCGCUGCACUGGAGAAAGAUGUUCCCGAGACGAAGCAAUUGAUCGCGGAGUUGACGCGCAGUUCGUGAUGUACACAAACGAUCAGGCUUCAUCCGGCGCACACGAACAUGACAACAGUGGUGAGAAGAACCAGGCAGUCAAUGGUAGGCCGUGCGUUUGGGUACGAAGGGUGGUGGAGUGAAUGCCUUCUGUGUUCUUUGCUGAAGUUUUGGAAUAUUGUCAGUGCAUUGUUGCAGGAUCGGAAGAGAGGGGGGCCCCUCCGUAAUCUAUUGUUGAGCGGCGAAAUGAAACUCGACGUGCAUACAAUUGAUGGCCACUACAGUGCCUACCUACUACCACCCGGGAGGUAGUAAUCGGCACCACUUUAAAUCUUGUAGUUGUACAAAGUGCCAGUGUAGUAGUAUAAAUACUGCAGCCGUUCGAGAUCCGGACACUGGAGAAUUUCAUUCCGGCACGUCGUUUGUGCCGCUUUAUCAGGCAA